CCAACUCCUUUCCAUCUAAGCUUCUUUCUUUUCCACCUUCUUCUUUCCCCUCUUCCUAUCUGCCAUUCCCAAAUCUCUUCUGAUCUUCUUCUUCUGUUGCAUCUAUACAUAAACCCUAACCUUGUUUGACAAAUAGGUUUCCCCAGGUGCCACCACUAGUACAAAAUCAGUCAUCUGCGUCAGGAGUUGGGACAUUCUGCCUCUGGAGUUGCCCGGACAGAUAGGUUUUCUCAGGUGCCACCGCUAGUACAGAAUCAGUCAUUUGCGUUUGGAGUUGGGCACAAUCUGCCUCCGAAGUUGCCCAGACGCAUAUGCCACAGACGCAGAAUGGUGCCAACGGUAAGUGAUCCAAAAACAUGGGUGCCAUACAUGAACACCAGGGAUUGUUCCCAAGGAUUCUGCAGCUUAUACUGUCCACAAUGGUGCUACAUCAUCUUCCCCCCUCCACCCCCAUUUGACUUCCCAGAAGAUAACAACUCAGGCCCAAGUUUUUCCCCUCUUGUGAUUGCCAUAAUUGGGAUCUUAGCCAGUGCUUUUCUGCUGGUGAGUUACUAUGCCAUAAUGUCAAAGUACUGUGGCAACAGAAGGGGGAGAAUCAGAGAGAGUGAUGAUAAUAAUCAGAGAGACUCUGAUGAUUCUGAGGAGAAUCAGGACCCUUCAAUCCAUGGGCAGCCAUGGAAUUCUGCAAACACAGGCCUGGAUGAGGCUCUGAUCAAAUCCAUCACAGUUUUCAAGUACAAAAAAGGUGAUGGGGUAGUGAUUGAUGGCUCAGAUUGCCCUGUCUGCCUCAGUGAGUUUCAAGAAGAUGAAAAUCUCAGACUUCUCCCAAAAUGCAGCCAUUCAUUCCAUGUUAAUUGCAUAGAUACCUGGCUGAAAUCCCACUCCAAUUGCCCUCUCUGCAGAUCAAACAUUGUGUUCUUGAACCCUUCUCUCCCUCCCCCAAUCAUGGAUCCCCCUUCAACAGCCCCAGAACCCCAAAAUCAAGAACAAUCUUCUGCAGAACAAGAAGAAACAGAAGCAGAAGAAGCAGAAGAAAGUGCAGAAACCAAUAAUCCCCCCAAGAGCCCUGAAAGAAACCACCAUACAAUCACAAUCAGAGAAGAUAACCUCACAAGAAGAUCUGUGUCCAUGGAUUCUUCUCCCUGCCAAGCCAGGCUAUCCAUAGCAGACAUUCUCCGAAUCGAUCACGACGAAGAAUGCAGCUUCCAUGAUUCCCAGAUGCAGGAAAUUGGAUCAUCCAAAGCAGAAAUUAGACAAAGUGUUUUGGGCUGUGUUAUUAGCCCUGCAGUGAUGCAUAGAUCAUUCUCCAGCGGCAGAUUCUUCUUCCCUAAACUUAAUAGACCACCAACAAACACAUCAAUACUUCCUUCUUGAAAACAUUUUAGUUUCCUUCAUUUCUAGGAAUCUUAGCUUUGUUAAGAUUAAGGUUGCAGAAAAGCUAAGCCAGAAACAUAAACAAAGAGUUUGAGUUUUUUUUUUUUCCCCCCUUUUUUGUUCAUGGUUUUUUUGAUGAUUGAUAAUUUUGUAUGACUACUUCAUUGUUCUAUAAACAGCAUUGGAGAAAGUUUAUGAUCCAGCAGAAUUUAGGCAUAGAAUUAUGGUUAUUGUUGGCUUUACAUUAAUGAUAUAUGUUUGUCUUUCAGCAUUUAAUAUGAGAA